CUUCACAUCGCGAGGUCCCUUUAUUAUUUUUGAUCUUACCAUAAACCAGCUACUACUUCUCCAACAGUUGCCCGCCGCAUCAAUCGUUACCUCACUUUUACGAUUGACCCUCGUGCCCCAGGCACUCGACAAGAAUUCCUCUACACGAAGUUGAACACACAAUGGCAACGACAGAAGCCACUAUGGCUGAUGCUCCCGCCCACCGUCCCGACCGCCGCGUCAACGGCUCACCUCCACCCGCACAGUCAAAGCGAGACAAGCGCCGCCAAAUGCUUGCCGACCGUCUCGCCUCGCUCUCCGACAAGUUCAGCAAGGACAAGGACCAGGCAUUCCGCGAACAGCUGCAUAAGAUACAAAUCGACACCACAUUAGUUAUGAGAGUCGACCCUUAUGUCGACCGACCCCUCGAUAACUUCGAGCAAGACCAGCAAAGGCUGCAGCAGCUCAAUGGAGACGGCGACGGCCAGUCUGGGUCCCAGACGCUGCUCGAUAGAGCCGGGCCGAGGUUCGCCCAGUGGAUGGAAAAGGUUCAAGACUUGGUCGAACAACGAGACUACGCUCUCACCAAAUACAAGUUUGACUACGAGAAGAAAACUUCGGAAUUCCUCACAACGCACGCUUUCAAAACAGAAACAGCCAACCGGGAAUUCAAAGCUCUUUCACAGACGCUUCGCGACCGUUUAAUCAACGUUAUUAUGAGCAAAAAAUCCCGUCUGAACCGGGAAAAGGAGGCUUUGGAGAUCUCGGACGCCUCGGCGCUUCUUCUCCACCCUAACCAGUUCAGCAUCACCAACCCGGCGAGCCCAGGAGGUGUACAUGGCAAGCGAACGACACGGCAGCGCCGGGAGAUGGAAGACAUGACCUUUGAGAACAAGAAGAGGAAGCGGCUGAAUAACAACGACGACGAUGGCUCGCCGGUCCCACAGCGUCGGGUGCUGGAUGCUUCGGGCACCACGCCGCUCUGGCAAACAGAUCGGUUAGCCUCGCGGAAGCCCACGGGGACAGUAUACAGCAUUGAUAAGCUCUUUACGGACAAAGAACUCGGCAUGACCUCUAGCGCGGCGACCCUGGCGGCCCGGAAAUACAUCCUCACACACAAGCCCAAGCUCGACGAGCAUGGCCGUCCAAUCAAGUCGCCCGAUAGUAGCGAUUCCGGGGCCGGCGACAACGACGAGGACGGGUCGGACUCAGUCCCCUCUGCGCCCAUGAUGGAGCGGAAUGUGUCGCAUGCUACGCGCAGCGGCCGGGGAGGGGCCAACAACCCCAACUUCACAGACGAUAAGCUCAUGGGCAUGGAGAUGCUCGCCAACUUUGACUUCCAGGGCAACUUCGAUCGCAUGCUCGCAGCAGACCCGAAGCUGCCGCCAACGUUUCCGUCGACAUACAUCAAGGGCAACAAGAUGGAGUACAAUGUGCCCACGGUCCUCAAUGCCGAGGAUGUGCACGGCGACAUGGUGGUCAUGCAAGCCUUAAAACAGUAUGACGAGACACACGGUGUUGGCUCUAACUUUUCGGUGGAGAACGGUAGCCGCAAACUGCUGGAGGCCGCGUCGAUGUCGGCACAGGAUGCACGAUACGUAGCAUAUCUGCAAGGGGAACGGCCGUCAGAAAACCAGGUCAGGAAACAGCUGGGGCUUCCCAUUUUGUCGGAUGUCGUCGAGCCGGUCAUGUCGGAAAGAGCCGGAACUCCUAAGCUAGGCCAUGGGAGCACUCCGGGGCCAUCACCGGCGAAGGGGUCAGCGCUUGGGGGCGUUUCGAUGAGCAGGCAGUCGAGCGCUAAUGGCGUGCCGAUGAGCCGGAGCAGCAGUCGAAAGGGCGGCCGAGGUGGGCGGGGUGGGUGAGGAUGCAAUACACAAAAACAGGGAGGCGGUAGCUGGACCACCACGGAUAACGCUAUGCAUGUUUUCUUUUGUUCUCGGGCGUUUUGGGAAGCACGGCUUACUAGCUCGCGGUUUGGUAUUUGCUUUCGGUUGGCAUAACCACGGACACAGGGAUUAACGGUGUUGGGCCGGAUCUUGCACACGAAGGAAGGGUACUUGGUACUUUGCUAUCAUAGCUCUGCGUUUAUA